CUGAAAAAGUUCAAUGUUUGUUUAAAGGAUGUAAUAUGGUAUAUUUGUGGAAAGGUUUAACAAGCAAUUUGAUAAAUUAUCUUAGGGAUAUCUAUUAUGUUACAAAGAAAUUACUCGCAAAUAAGUCAGUAAAAAAAGUUCAACAAACGAUUCAGCAA